GGGCACUCACAUCACUCCGGUCUGAAAUCACACUGUCUGGCUCGGCCGACGGUUGGCGGCAAUCCGACGCACACAGCUGCAAGUUUGUCCAUUGGUUUGCGGCCAUUUCGUCUGGCCUCCGACGACUUUGGUGCCGGAGAGCCGAUCCCACCGGCGUCAUCGUCUGUCUGCGACUCUGGAGCCGAUCGAGCCUCCGGAUUCGGCAGCUGCGCUGAAGUCGACGAGGCGAACUGGCCAGAAUCCCGAGUCAACUUCCUCGGCAGACUGGCCAAGAUGACCGGACCCAAUGUUCUCCAGACACCACGAAGUGGACUGACGCUGACCGAACGAAACUGUCAGCCAAAUCCGAGUCUGCGCUCUCUCCACUUCCUCCAGUAUCAUCCGCAUCAUUCUCAUCCGCUUCCGCAUCCACACCUACACCCAUACCAACACCAGCAUCAGCACCACAUACACCUCAGUCAUCUCCAUCACGCCCAACAGUCUCAUCCGCCGGCCAGUGGUCAAAAUCCCCACAAGCAAGUGGAUCCAACCAACGGUGCUCGAACAAACUGCAAUUUGGUUACCGGUUCGGUCAACAGCUCACCUCCAGAGGUUCUGACCAACGGGGACAGUUGCAUUGCCCACCAACAGGAGGUUCAUAUCUGUUCAGACGGCCAUAUCCCUUUUCAUCCGUCACACUCAGCUCCAGUCAACUCCAGCAUCCCCUUCCUCUCUUCGUUCCAUCCUCCUCUAUCGCAGCCUCCUCCUCCUCCUCCCUCCCAUAAUCCUGCUCACUCUCCAUCCCUUCUUAUUCCUCCUCACGCUCCCUCCUUCCCACCUCCUACCUUGGCUUUUGCUCAACCCCCGUCUUCAUCAGCACAUACUCAUUUCCAUCAAAUGGUCCAAGCUUACCUCCAGCAUCAGCUCCCUACUCAGCUUCAAACUCAGCCCAACCACAGUCUCUUCGCUGAAAGUCAAGCUUCAAAUGCCUUUAUGAAUUACCAACACCUUCUGCACCAGACCAUAACGAUGGCCUCGCAGCCACGUCAAUUGCCGAAUUCUGAUAUGGAAAUUGACAUAAGCCCUGUGACUCAAGGACACAGUGCAAUGUGGCUGAGUGGUUACCACGUCAAGCUCACAUGCUGCAUUGUCAAGGUUAGACAUCGAUGGGGGUGUGAAUAA